CAUUAGUUAUUUGCCCACCGUUUGGGGCCUGGUCACUCUUUCAAUUUUUUAUUUGUAUUUUUUUUUUGUUUUGCGCAUUUUUUAUUUGCCGCCAAUAUACAAUGAAUGUAUCUGUCGCAUCGUUGAAUAAUUCCUUCCUGGAAGAGGACGAAAUGCGCCUUGGCUACGACCACGAAACCAUAAAAUCCUUCCUGUGCAAGUCGUCGAUCAAUGACUUGUUUUCCUACGCAGCAGAAACCACAGACGCCAAACAGUUGAUAGAUCGCAUGAUGGCCACCUUGUCCGGGCAGCUGGAACUCAAUCUGCAGCAGCUGCUGGACCUGUUUACCCUCGCCAUAAUGAUGAUGACGUACCAAAGGGACAACGUUCUGCUGAUGAAGGAGCGCUUCAUGUUGGUGGAUGCGGUGUGCCAUCUGGCAGACUCCCUGGAUCCAGAGGAGGUGACCUAUAUGGCCAGUGGAUUGUACGAAAAGCUCAUUAAUGGCAUGGGAAUGGAGCGCCUGGAAAGAGUGCUGGACAUGCAGGCUGCGAUUCCCGCCUUGGUAGAGUCCUGCCGGCUGGGAAACGAUAUUGCUAUGGCCCUGCUGCUCACCAUAAUAAGCCGGUACACAGGAGAGCCAGUUCAACUGGACCAUAAGGAAUAUGCUCUUAAGGCUUUUGAAAUGGCCAAAACGGUCAACUGGCAGCAGUUGGCACACAGUGGACGCCAAGCAGACAUGUUUAUGCUCAUUCGCACAUUCAGCAUGAUCAUCAAUUCCCGACGCGUGCGCGAAGAGUGUCCUGAUUGGAAGGACAAUCUGGGUGCCGAGAUAUGCAAGUACUUCCAGCAGGUGCGCCUGGAUCGCUCUACCGCCUACGGUGACUUCGAAAUGAUGAUUGAACGAUUCAUAGCUUACUGCGUUGUUCGUGGAGCCAACACAGCCCCGCAACUUUGCAGCUACAAAAUUUCGGAGCUAUCGAAUUCGGAGUCCCAGCUGUUAGAGUCAGAUAAUGCUUAGAGAUCAUUUGUCAGUUAUUAUUACAAUUUAAGUAUCAUACAGCUGAGAUCAAAAAAGAAAACCAAAUAUAUAUUAUGUUAAGUAGUAAUAA